UGGGACUCUCACAGUUUGCCUGCGAGAAUACACUGCCUCUCAGCAGCGAUACACACAGGACACGCUAACGCGGUGGGGACCGGCCAGCACUUUUACACGGAUAAAGAGGACGGAGGAGCAAAUAAUCUUCGAUUAAUAGGAUACACAGAAGAUAUGAGUAAGGAGAGAGAGUGAAAAAACGAAGAAACCAGCCGAUGUUGUCGGCGAUAAAACACCAGUUGUGACUCCUAUGAAAGAGCGGCGCCCCGAAUGCGGAUGCUUAGGACAAGAGGAAAUUGUCUUAAGGAGGAAAAGCAACAUUGCCGAUUUUGGGGGGGUUGCAUUUGGGAAAGACAUUGAAGGCGGGUACAAUGAUUGCUGCGCAUUUAAGGGGACAGACUCUUGAUUUUUUAUAGCUAGCUAGCUGACGUUACAUUUGCUCACUGGCUGGACCCUAUAGCUAGUUUCCAGUGUUGUUUGCACGGAUAGAGCAGGAAAAAUGAAGUUUCGCAAGAGCUAACGUUAGCUGGCAAACUUAUACUUUUAUGGUAAUUUCCAUCUUCUGGUGUUUCAAAAUAAUAAGCAGAAGAAAGCGAGAAAAGUCGUACGGGAGGGUGGUCGCUGAGUAUCGUCAUUGCAGCUACCACUCGGCAGCUAGUUGGUUAGCUAGCCAGUUUGCUAAUUUCCCUUUUCAGUCGUCCCCUCCCCCUCUACCACCAUAUGUGAAAAAAACGAUAGCUACCAAAAAAAAAAAAAAAAAACCGCAAGACAAGAGAAAAUAGACGGAACUUGGCUAGCUUUCAGUAUCUAGCUAGGUUGUUAUCAUAUCUCCAGUCAGUAGUGAGAUGGGGAUAAUCUGAUUAAUGGAGAAACGCUGGCCAGUUAAUGGGUUGCUUUCAUUUUGAACUUGAUUAGCCAGCUGGUUGUCGUAUUAGGUAGUGGUAGCUAGCGAUAGUGCUAGCGAGCUAGUCUGGGGACGGUCAGUAUAACAAACCCCCUUUCCUUGUCAACCAUGAAAAUGGAGAAGCGCUUGUAUUUCUCUGCCGUAGUUUAGCGCUGUCAACUCUACACACUACGUUUUUGUCGAUGUAUUAUUUUUAGCUGGCAGAUUAGCUACAUGCGAUUAAAGAUAAAUGUACUUCAGUUGGAUAAUCCCUAGAGCUAUCAGUGGCUAGCUAGUCUGCUAAUGAUAGCAAUCGAUGCCUCCUUUCAGUGCAUCAUAAGAGAUCGGCGAUACAGGAAGCAAACAACGGAAGCAACGAAAAAUAACAUUGUGGGAUGAAUUGGAAUUUAAAAAAAAAUUUUAAUCCCGCUGAGUUAGCUAGUUUUAGAUUUUAAUUGUUGACUGUUAUUUUAAGAUUGAAGCUGCACUAACCGACGAAUUGUUCGACUUCACAAUGGAUUUGAUUUGCAGCUAGCCUAACAGCAACAAUAAUUAUAUUUUAACGUGACUUUUCUUUUACUCGUACUGAGUGGAAUUGGUCUUUUGGCCCGACUGAGGUAUUAGCUAAUGACAUAGCGUUUAACAGACUGGAUUUUGUUUAACCAAGCCUGGUCCCUCUUGGCUGUACAUAAAUUCCCUGUCUGAAUCUUUAUUGAAGUGGCCACGCAGAUUGCUAGUAGUAGCUUACGAAUUGCCGCUGUCAUACCGCAGUAAACUGCCAGUGGUUUUGACAGUUAGCUUGCUAUUUAACUAGUUAAUCAACCAAGCUGCAACCAAGAGACGGGUAAUCUCAGUCAGUGAAGACCAGUGGCUAGGGGGUCAAUGAAGGUAAAUAUUUUAACAAUUGAUAUGCAUCCGAUGGCUAACUAGUUCGAUUUAGUUAAAUAUCUAACGUAGCUAGACUACCUGUUACACGUUUUUAAACGGUGUAGUGUAUCAACUACGACUAUCUGCGAAAUAGUUUCCCCUUUGAAAAAACAAAACACAACCCACUUUUAAACGGUAGCCAAUUUUUUAAAAUCCCCUCCAACCUAUAUUAUAUAUGUAUAUUUAUUUUCAGUAAAAAUGUCUGUUUUUGAGAUAUUCUAAGUAUUGGACCUAGACGAAGAAAAACGACAACCUCAGCCAGAGGGGAAACUGAUCUUCAGAUCCUGACUCCCGCAUCUCCUCUCCCCCUCCUGGAUCCCUUUUGUCCCGUGGGAAUUGGAUUUAGCCUGUGCCGUGUUUCACUGGACAUUGGUUUCUGUAUCUCUCCGGACAUUCCCACGGCUGGUGUUGUAUCGAUUCGGUCGAUCAAGAGUUGAAGAUGGCGGACCUCGAAGCAGUUCUCGCCGAUGUCAGUUAUUUGAUGGCGAUGGAGAAGAGUAAAUCUACUCCAGCUGCCAGGGCGAGUAAGAAAAUCAUCCUUCCUGAACCAAGCAUUCGGAGUGUGAUGCAGAAGUACCUGGAGGAGAGAGACGAGCUGACGUUCGACAAAAUCUUCAACCAGAAGAUCGGGUUCCUGCUGUUCAAGGAUUUCUGUCUGAAUGAGAUCGAUGAGGCGGUCCCGCAGCUCAAGUUCUAUGAAGAGAUUAAGGAGUAUGAGAAGCUGGACUCGGAGGAAGAGCGGCUCUGUCGCAGCCGGCAGAUCUAUGACGGCUACAUCAUGAAGGAGCUCCUGUCCUGUUCACACCCCUUCUCCAAGAAAGCAGUGGAUCACGUCCAGACUCACCUGGCCAAGAAGCAGGUGCCUCCCACUCUCUUCCAGCCCUACAUCGUGGAGAUCUGCGACAGCCUGCGAGGGAAGAUCUUCCAGAAGUUCAUCGAGAGCGACAAGUUCACCCGCUUCUGCCAGUGGAAGAAUGUAGAGCUCAACAUCCACGUAAGUUUGACCAUGAAUGACUUCAGCGUCCACCGGAUCAUCGGCAGGGGCGGCUUUGGGGAAGUGUACGGCUGCAGGAAGGCGGACACGGGGAAAAUGUAUGCCAUGAAGUGUCUGGAUAAGAAGCGGAUUAAGAUGAAGCAGGGGGAGACGCUGGCACUCAAUGAGAGAAUCAUGCUGUCACUCGUCAGCACUGGGGACUGCCCCUUCAUUGUGUGUAUGACGUAUGCCUUCCACACUCCAGACAAACUCUGCUUUAUCUUGGACUUAAUGAAUGGCGGUGACCUGCACUACCACCUCUCCCAGCACGGCGUCUUCAGUGAGAAGGAGAUGCGCUUCUACGCUGCCGAGAUCAUCCUGGGCCUGGAGCACAUGCACAAUCGAUUCGUCGUCUACAGAGACCUCAAGCCGGCCAACAUCCUGCUGGACGAGCACGGCCACGUGCGCAUCUCUGACCUGGGCCUGGCCUGCGACUUCUCCAAGAAGAAGCCUCACGCCAGCGUGGGGACUCAUGGCUACAUGGCCCCUGAGGUCCUGCAGAAGGGGACGGCCUAUGACAGCAGCGCUGACUGGUUCUCUCUGGGCUGCAUGCUCUUCAAACUGCUGCGAGGGCACAGUCCAUUUCGACAGCACAAGACCAAAGACAAACACGAGAUCGACCGCAUGACUCUUACCAUGAACGUGGAGCUGCCGGACUCUUUCUCAGCAGAGCUCAAGUCUCUGUUGGAAGGGCUGUUGCAAAGAGACGUGGCCAAGAGGCUGGGCUGCCUCGGGAGGGGGGCUCCAGAGGUGAAGGAGCAUCUCUUCUUCAAAGGGAUAGACUGGCAGCAGGUCUAUCUCCAAAAGUACUCUCCACCCUUGAUCCCUCCGAGAGGGGAAGUCAAUGCCGCAGACGCCUUCGACAUCGGAUCCUUCGACGAAGAGGAUACCAAGGGCAUUAAGCUGCUGGACAGUGACCAGGAGCUGUACAAGAACUUCCCCUUGGUGAUCUCGGAGCGCUGGCAGCAGGAGGUGGCGGAGACCGUGUACGAGGCCGUCAACUGCGACACGGACAAGAACGAGGCCCGCAAGAGAGCCAAGAACAAGCAGCUGGGCCACGAGGAAGACUACGCCCUGGGGAAGGACUGCAUCAUGCACGGUUACAUGCUGAAGUUGGGGAACCCAUUUCUGACGCAGUGGCAGCGGAGAUACUUCUACCUGUUCCCCAACCGCGUGGAGUGGAGAGGGGAGGGGGAGUCUCGGCAAAACCUGCUGACGAUGGAGCAGAUAGUGACGGUGGAGGAGACUCAGAUUAAGGAUAAGAAGUGCAUCCUGCUGAGGAUCAAGGGUGGGAAGCAGUUUGUCCUGCAGUGUGAGAGUGAUCCGGAGUUUGUGCAGUGGAAGAAGGAGCUGACCGAGGCCUUCACCGAGGCCCAGAAGCUCCUGCGCCGCGCCCCCAAGGUCAUCGUCAAGAGCCGCGCGGGUGUGGUCGAGCUGUCCAAGCCCCCGCUCACACACCGCAACAGCAACGGCCUGUGAGCCGCCGCCGCCGCGCUCCUCCCCCUCCCGCCCCGCCCUGCCCCCCAACCUGCCCUGACUCCUCCCCCACACACCCGCCAUAGCUCUCUUCCCCACACCUGCUCCCGUGGAUGGAACCACAUGUCCUCAGACUGCCCCGAAAUCCCGACACACACGCACGCACACACACACACGCGCACACACACACGCGCACACACACACACACACACGCUUGCUCACUGUCAUACUCCCAUGUUGUGAAGAGAAGGGCCCGCUUUAGAGAGGGCUCUUCAGGACAGAGCAGAGAGAUGCGCACCAGUCAAGGCCUUUAUCUGGGAGCCCGGAACAGUCUGCCAUCGAGUGGAAACAGAUGGAGAGAGGGGAAGGAGAGCGAGGGAGUUCCCUUUCCCUCUUUUUCCUCUCCUUUCUCCUCCCUCCCUCCACUCCCUGCCGUGCGGCGGCAGGCGCUGCAGGUGUGAAGGAACUCUGGGCGCUGCGCCUCUGGCGCCCUCUAGCAGGCCUGCAGUGGUACUGCAGGGACAAAGCGUCAAGGAUACGGCCCCUGAAAGAUCCGCACUGUGAUGCACCCUCUCCUGAUUGGCUGUCCUUCGGCAAGACAAGGGCACGGCGACCCGGACGGCGGCGGAGUUCUGGGGGAGCGCCAUUUUCCCAAAUAUCGGCGAGCGCGAGGGGUCAGACUUUGUUUAAAGGCCCCGGCGGUCCUGAUCACCGCCCUGUCCCGCCCCCCACCAAUCGCCUUUCUGUCCUCAGCCAGAGCCUCUCCUGUCCGGCGGACAUGCGGCACCAGCGUGCUGCACCCCCCCCCCCCCCCCACCCCCCCCCGAGAUGAACUGACCCGCUCCCCAGGCUCUGUGUGGCCUGCACUCUGUUCUCUGCUGGAUUGGGACAGGGGGGGUAGGUGGUGAUGAUGGAUGGACUGUACCAAGACGGGGGGCAUCAAACAAGGGCGGAAGGAGCGGGUGGGUUAAAUUAUACAGACAUUGCGCCAGUUCUUACACUGGAGUCCGUUGAGUGGGGAGGAGGUGGUGGUGGUGGGGGAGCAGGGCGGUUUGGUUUGUACCAUGAGGAGCAGAAGAGUGUGUUUUGUGUCACGUGUGUGUGUGUGUGUGUGUGCGUGUGUGUACUGAGGUAUAGGGAGACGGCCCACAUUUAUGUCGGAGGGGGAACGAUCUUUUUGGCUUGAAUGUCUUUUGUUUUUAUUUGAUUUUUUCUGGUAAAAUGGAGUGUAGAGAUAGAAAACGCUGCUGGAUACGUUGUAUACCCCCCAUCCCCCCUAUAGAAGUGCGAAAAGUGCCAAUGUUAAUGUUAUACUUGAGACGCUUCAGAGCCCGGCCCCGCCCCCCCCCCGCGGAGUUGGGCGCGGCCCGAGUCCCGGCGAAAAAAAGGGUCCCGACGCAGAAGUGCGGAAGGGCCUGUGCCCCCCGCCCCCGUCCCCCAGCCCC